UCUCUUUCUCUCUCUCACUAUUAAAUGCUUUCUUCAGUUUUACUUUUCGUAACACCCCACUAAAACAAAACCAAAAGGUAAAACAAAACCAGUGGAACGAGUGACAGCCCCUUAAACCUCUCUCUCUCCCUCUCUCUCUCUCUCUCUCUCUCUAAAUUUCAUUCCUUUAUUCAAUGAAUGAGAGCCGGCUCAAACUCGAAAGCAAAACAAUUGAGGUGAGACAAGUGUGAAUCGAUCUGCGUUGCUUCCUCAAACGUAUCCGGCAUUGAUUCAUCCACAUAUUGCUCUCCUUUUUGCAACGCACAUGUUGAAUUCGAUUAAGAUUUGAAUCAAGAUGCAGUCAAGGGGAGUGGUGGCAUUGGAGGAAGGCAAGGAUCCUGCUACUACAUUUAAAUCCAGCCAUGCCAGGGCCUUGCCGUUGCGACUCGUUCAAUUUCUUGUCAUGUUUGUAGUUUUGGGUCUUGGGGUUUCGAUGUUGAGUAUGCACUCGAUUCGGUUUUUCCCUGUUCAGCAUGUGGCUCCAACAGCACCUUCCACGAUUAGGCCUUGCUUCGAAGAGCCGAGUAGUUUAGAAAGUCGGAUUAGACCUCCAUCUAAUCUGUUGCACGCCAUGAAUGACACCGAGUUGCUGUGGCUCGCUUCACAUGCUUCUCAAAUAAAGGAGUAUCCGUUUAAGAGAGUUCCUAAAAUUGCCUUCAUGUUCUUAACAAAGGGACCAUUGCCGAUGGAGCCUCUUUGGGAGCGGUUUUUAAGAGGACACGAGGGACUUUAUUCGAUCUAUGUGCAUUCGCUGCCAUCUUAUAAUGCCGAUUUCUCACCUACAUCAGUGUUUUACAAGAGACAAAUCCCAAGCCAGGUUGCCGAGUGGGGAGAGAUGAGUAUGUGCGAAGCUGAGAGGAGACUCCUAGCUAAUGCAUUGCUUGACAUCUCAAAUGAAUGGUUUAUCCUCCUUUCCGAGUCAUGUAUUCCUCUCUACAACUUGAGCAUUGUCUAUCACUACCUGUCAAGAUCCAGGUACAGCUUCAUGGGUUCGUUUGAUGAAAAUGGGCCCUAUGGGAGAGGACGUUAUGACGGACGCAUGGCCCCUUUGGUCAAUCUCUCUGAUUGGCGUAAAGGGUCUCAGUGGUUUGAGAUUAAACGGGAACUUGCAGUUAGGAUUGUUGGAGACACAACUUACUACCCCAAGUUCAAGGACUUUUGCAAACCAGCAUGUUAUGUGGAUGAGCACUACUUCCAGACAAUGCUUAGCAUCGAGACUCCGCAUCUUUUGGCAAACAGGACCCUUACCUAUGUAGACUGGUCUAGGGGCGGUGCUCAUCCGGCUACAUUCGGCAAAGCUGAUAUUACAGAGGAGUUUUUCAAGAGGAUUGGAAGUGAUACAUGUCUUUACAACAACCAGCCAACCUCACUCUGUUUCCUUUUUGCACGAAAGUUUGCCCCGAGUGCUUUGGAACCCCUGUUAGAAUUAGCAUCGAAAGUAUUUGGGUUUUGACAUAUCAUCGAGUUCUAAUUGCGUGUUCGGAGCAUGAGUGUAGCUGAGAUUGAUUACCUUUUUACCCAAAUUCAAUAGGGUUUUUGAAACUUCAAUGUUAAAGCAUAUUGUAUGUAUAGAAAAAUAGGGCUCAAAAUUAGGAUCUUACAAAAUUUCUGGUACAAUAAUGAUCUGUUUUUAUCUGGUUGUUAGUUGAUCGAAUGUAUUGCUUCUGAAUCAUACUUAUUCAAUAAAUUUACUGCCUCCCAUUUUUUCCCCCC